GCUAAAAAUCGACAAAGAGCAAUACACAAAUGCUGCCCAUCUGCGCCGCAGGGAUGGAAGUUUAACGUCGCAUCUGUGCCCGUCGCUGCGUACCAGGAACCACCAAUGUGGGCUGCCCUAUGGCUAGUCGCCGCCGCCGCAGGGCAGCAGUGCUCCCCCGUCGUGAAAGUAGAGCGGCGGAACCCCCUCGACCCCGGCACUGGCUACGCCUGGCCCGACAUAUACGCCGGGACCUGGCUCCAGCCGGCGAAGCGCUUUAUGAAAUUCGAGCCUAGGAAGAUCGGCAACAUCGAAGGUGCCGUCCACGCGCAUGUGUAUGGAGGCGUCAACGGAUUACAACCGACGCCCGCGCUCACGCGGGACUUCUUCGACUUUUCGGUGGAGCACUUCAGUUACCUCACCAAGAUGGCGCCCGGGAAACAGGGCCAGGACACGUUCCUCGGGAACAUCACUUCUAGACUAGAUGGCUAUACGCAUCGACAUACCUUCUCUCAUCAAUAUCUGGAACGCUCCAUCGGCAUCGUGCCCUUCGGGGGCGUUCCUUCAUCAAAACAUUGGCAAGCACUGUCUUCACAAAUGUUGAGAGCUGUUGUGAUGUCCAUGACCGAUGCCUUAUCCAGAGUCAUCGUGGCGACGUGCGACGAGGCCCACGCUAUGAGAGCGCGAGAAGCUUUACAAGGUCUGGAGCGAGUUGUGGUCCACAACCUGAACCUCGAGAAGUGCCAGCUGCCCUAUUUACCUCGAGCGACGCAAGCGACGCUCAAGAGGUGUUUGAUACAAAGAGCGAGGCGCGAGCGACACGUCUAUAGGAACGAGAUUUGUGAAAGCUGGUUACAAGGAGAGGACUAUGCCUACGUUAUGUACAACGACGCGGACUUGGUCCUGCACGCGCGGUGCAUCCGAAGUCUAGGAAAGGCGAUGGAUGAAGAUCCAACACUGAUUAUCCUACCCCAUAAACUGCAGACCUUCGCGAAAGAUGAUGACCCUCUACCGGAACUCGGCGUCGCGCCGUCGGUGCGCGAUCUGACUCAUGAUGUGGAUAGUGCGUCGUGCUGCGACUCGGGGACAUAUCCUGCGCUGAAACAUCUCGACCAAGGUUCGUUCGAUGGGUGCCAGAACUUCUGGUACAACUGCCCCCGGAUGCUCGCGUUGUAUGAUUUUGCGCGGUUUAGUGAAGGUACGUACACGCCCCUGUUGCUGGGCAACGAGCACGGGCGCAAGUGUUUGUUGUCCGAGGCGCGGGAGGCUUGUGAUGUGCCGCAUCGACGCCUUACAGUACAACGCCAGUACCUCGUGCCUUUAUUAGCGUUCGGCCCGAACAACCAGUUCGAGGGCCUGCUGGAAGCCUUGACGGUGGCGAAACUCGUCGGGAGGACUUUAUUACUUCCUCGGUACUUCGACCCCCACUAUCGAGAUACGCGUUCUCAAAAAAAGAAAUUCGGGGACGUCUUCGACGAAAGGACACUACGAGAAUUCACUUCUGUAGAAUUCGUCGACGAGGAUGUAAUAAAGUUGUGGAAGACGUCGCCCAAGAUCCUCGCGUCUCCCUUAAAUAAGGAGCGGCUGUCCAAAGCUUUACAUAAUGUGGGCUUCGACCAGGCGCCGCGGAAGAAGGCCUUCGUGCGGUCGCACUCGCGGGCCGCGGACGUGGCUCAAGCUUUUAAAGGUUUUAGUGCGGCCGGCGCCGUGUUCGUGGCGUUGUGUGUCUUCAGCGUCCUCCCUUCGACGUGUCGUCCGCGGCGAUGGCGUGUCCGCCGUGUGACGCCGCAUACGAACGCAGGGCGCCCCUCUUCGUCGUCGACGGCGAGCAGGACCUGCUGCGGGAGGCGGCGCGGUAUCGCGUCCGGUCCGAGCGCGUGCGGACGCUCGCGGCGACGCUACGGGGGGCCCUCUUCCCCGGCGACGAGAAGGUGCUCUGCGCGCAUGUUCGAAGGGAGGCCGAGACGCUCGGGUGCGUGCCCGGUAGGAGGUACGUCGUCUGCCCGACGCCGCAGGGCACGGUGCCGACGGCGACGCAUUGAGCCGUGUGGAAGUCAAGCAGUGAGUCGGGUGCACGUCGCGACACUUCGAUUUCUACACAGGCUGUUAGAUAACAUCGUGGACCGGGCCGCGACGCACGGCGCGUCGCGCAUCUACCUGGCGCACGCGGGUGGCGCGGGCUUCGAGGACGAACCGUCAACACUGUUGGCGAGUCUGGAGGAGCGGGGCUUCGACGCGCGGACGGCGUCGACGGACAUGAGCGUCGGCUUUGAAAGUCUAGACCCCUUCGACGUGUCGCUCGUCGAGCAGGAGCUCUGUUCCAUGGUCGAGAGCUUCGCGCCGUCGGCGCGGUCGACCUGGUCCCAGACCGUGGUUUUAGAUAGGAGCGCGCGCGGGCGCCGCAACGCGAAGCCGCUCGACGUCGGGCCGGCGCCGGUGAAGCAGCGGCGGCUGCCGAGCCACUAA